UAUUCCGUGUGUUCCGAAAUUCAUCAACCAAUCUAGCGGCUUAUCCAGCGGAUUGAUCGGAGUUUAGGAACGGUUUUUAGUAUAAAAUCGAAAAAGAUUGUUAGAUACCAUAAACCGGAUCACGAAUUAUACAAAAUAACUUACAAAAUACAAAUUUAAAAAGUUGAGUAUAUUCAAAAUGAAUCUUCAAAACCUAUCUCAUUACUUUAUUUUUUUAAACCAUCUUCAAGAGUUGGAUAAGAGUUUGGAUAAGAAAAAAAUGUUAUUAUUAAAUAAUCUAAAAAAUAAUAGAGUCCGUAUUACAAACUUCAUGUUAGUUACAAGUUUGUACAAUGACUUUGACUUUAAAAGUCAUUUUAGACUUAACAGGAAUUCAGUCGAGGUGUUAAUGUGUAAAGUUAGACCAUUUUAUAUUUCAGUUGAUAAAAUAGGAAGGCCUAAGAUUGACUUUGAAAAGGCAACAUUAAUGACCAUAUGGUAUAUGAGUAAUACUGAGACGUUUCGCCAAGUUGGGGAUCGUUUUGGUUUAAGUAGGGGCCUAUCUUGCCGUACAAUUCAUAAAUAUAUUCGGGCUAUUUCAAAACUUAUGGAUGAUUUCAUCAUAUGGCCAAGAGGAAGUGCUGAAACAGAAACCGUACAAAACUUCAAAAACUUAAGAAUUAAUUAUAUGCCCAAUACUGUUGGGUGUAUUGAUGGCUGUCACAUACGGAUACAUUCUCCAAAGGAUAAGAGAAGUGACUACACAAAUCGUAAGAUGUAUCAGUCAAUUGUGCUUUUGGCUGUAUGUAAUGCUCAAUUAGAGUUUACUUACAUAUUUUCUGGCUGGCCAGGAAGCUCACAUGACGCAAGGGUAUUUAAAAAUUCCUCAUUAGGAAACACACUUUUAAAUAACCCACAAGAAAUAAUUUCUAAAGAGCUUCACAUACUUGGAGAUUCUGCUUUCCCAUUACUUGAUAACCUUAUGGUACCGUACAAAGCCACCCAUAUUCUAUCAGAAAGUGAGAAAUUAUUUAUUAGGAGAUUGAGCUCAACCCGUGUUGUUAUCGAACAAGCAUUUGGUUUACUACUGGGACGUUUUCGGAGACUUAAGUCUCUAGAAGCUAAGUCAAUUGAAAUGAUGAGUCUUAAUGUGACUGCAGCUUGUGUUUUACACAAUUUGACUUUAAAAAAUAAUGACAUAAUGGAAAUAGUAGAUAGUGGUCAAGACUUUUUGAAUGAAGAAAUCUGUCAAGAUUUUGGUGGUUCAACAGCAGCCAUUCAAAGACAAGGAAUUAAUAAAAGAAAUGACCUAACUUCUUGGUUUUAUGAAAAUUGAGCAUCUACACACUGGUGAAAUACAUGUGUAAAAUAUUUAUGAUGAAUAAAAUGCAUUGACUACAAAGCAUGUUUAAAUUUUAUUAUUAAAAGCUAAG